ACCGCUGUAACUACAAGCCUUCGCCGCCCCUCUCCUGAAAGCAUGGCGACGCUGGUAACACGGGAAUGUGAGACGGAGGGUUGCAGUAAAGAAGCCAAACUACAGUGUCCUACCUGUAUUAAACUCGGGAUUCAAGGCUCAUAUUUCUGCUCUCAGGAAUGUUUCAAAGGCAGCUGGAGUACCCAUAAACUGCUCCACAAGAAAGCAAAGGAAGAUAAAACAAAGGAUGAGGGAAGGAACUGUGUUGAAAGGGAAGUCAACACAGAUCCCUGGCCUGGCUACCGUUAUACUGGCAAACUGCGACCUCAUUACCCACUGACUCCCAUGCGGCUUGUUCCGGGGAACAUUCAGAGACCUGAUUAUGCUGAUCAUCCUCUCGCAGCAGAGGUUGGGUUGUUGGCAGGGAUGUCUGAGACAGAGCAGACUCUCAAAGGAACGUCUCAGAUUAAGAUCCUCAAUCUUGAAGAGAUUGAGGGCAUGAGAGUCGUCUGCAAGCUGGCUCGGGAGGUGCUUGACAUUGCUGCAAUCAUGGUGAAACCUGGAGUGACAACAGAGGAGAUUGAUCAUGCUGUACAUCUGGCAUGCACAGCUCGGAACUGCUACCCAUCACCUCUCAACUACUACAACUUUCCCAAGUCCUGCUGCACUUCGGUCAACGAGGUCAUCUGCCACGGCAUACCUGACCGUCGUCCCCUACAGGAGGGGGACAUCCUCAAUGUGGACAUUACUGUUUACCACAAUGGCUACCAUGGAGAUUUAAAUGAGACGUUUUUUGUGGGCGAGGUGGAUGAGGGGGCCAAGCGGCUGGUGCAGACUACAUACGAAUGUCUCAUGCAAGCUAUUGAUGCUGUGAAGCCAGGUGUCCGCUAUCGGGAGCUGGGGAACAUCAUCCAGAAACAUGCACAGGCUAACGGGUUUUCUGUGGUGCGGAGUUACUGUGGCCACGGCAUCCACAAACUCUUUCACACCGCACCCAAUGUACCACACUACGCAAAGAAUAAAGCUGUGGGGGUGAUGAAGCCUGGUCAUGUCUUCACUAUUGAACCUAUGAUCUGUGAAGGUGGCUGGCAGGAUGAAACAUGGCCUGAUGGUUGGACAGCAGUUACUCGAGAUGGUAAACGCUCUGCCCAGUUUGAACACACACUCUUGGUGACCGAUGCAGGUUGUGACAUCCUCACACGUCGCCUUGAAGACAAUGGCCGCGCUCACUUCCUGUCUCAGAUGUAGAGUGGUCGGUGAGAACAACAUGGCCUUCCUCCAGUGGAGGACAAAUCCACUCCACCCGUGUCACUGAUCAGCCAAUCUCAGUUCAGUUCCCUGUUGGGCAAGAGACUGGCUGAGUGAUUAUGGUAACGGAGUGUUUAAUUGGGCGAUGAGCCACGAUUUGUUUAUUUAUGAAUAUGUCGUCUGAACAGUCAUGUGGCUCAGCUUGGAUAUGACCAGACUGGAAGGCAGUGACCUUUGACCUGCUUGCAGUACCGUCCUGCUCUGGCUGCUUGGGAGUGUGUGUGGGUGUUGGGGAUGGGGGUGGGGGGGGUGUGAAUGUGGGUGUGUGUGGGUAGCCUGGAAUACCCAUAUGUUUCUGAUUUGUUUGUGUGCUUUGUUGGUUAAGUGGGCAUUGUGGGAGUUUAGAACAUUGUGUGUGCUGGUUAUGGCCAGGUGAUUAUGGAUGGUGAGCAUACGUGAAAGUGUCAUUCCAAAUGAUACCAAACAGAACAAAACCUUUCUGUAGUUCUUUUUUCUUUCAUUGUUUAUCCUGAGAAAAAUCUCUGACCACAGCCUCCUGUUAAGAGUGCCUCACAACAUUAUUACAUUAAAACAAUGUCUUUUGUGAAGUUUUACCAGCGUGCAUCAGACUCUUUUAUGACAUAUUUGUAUGUAAUCACAUGUAGGAAAACAUUUAUGUUGAGGUCUUGUGACCAUAUAAAGACCAAACAGUUGCAGAAGGUUCUCCCAUUGGUUGAAUCUUUCUCUGUUGGAAAGGUACAAUUUGUCAUUGACUUAUGCAUUGCCAGGUACAGAGCUGUUCAGCAGGGUUGAUUUAACAGUGGGAGGUUUGGGUCAUUGGUGCUCUCUGUCUGUCUGAAACACAGAUCAAUUUCAGUGGUCUGCAUCCAAGCUGAAUUAAAGCAUAUUUUCCUUGUGAA